AUGAUUGAUUGUCAGUAUCCUGAUGGAUUUAUUUCGACGGAGAAUUUCAAACUUAUUUCUCAUGCUAUUAUUCCUCGUGCCGAAUUAACUGACCAGCCUAUCACAAUAGCCGAAUUCGGCCACUUUGUUAUUGGGUUUCCUCAACGUAUCGAAGGAACGCAGUAUUGUAGGAACACCCUGCUGUUCAACCUUUGCUUUAUUGUCCGCUCACGAGCCUCCCUUCACCAAAAUUACGAUCUUACUGGUCAGGACUUCCCUCUUGAUGUAGAUACCACUACGAAUGGUCUUCAACCUGCUCUUCAGUCUGCAUAUGAGCUCACGGUGAGGAAAAUCAAUCGAUACCUGGCUUACAUGGAGGAAGAAAACGCGGCUCUUUCUCAAAAUACUAUCAAAAAAACCAUCAAAGAUGGGGGUGAAACCUUAAUUCAUCGGUUUCUUCGGCAAACUUACACCGAUCUUCGGGAACAGGGUUUGUGUGUCACUGGUUUGGGUGAUGAGCUUCCCCCUUUAUAUCUUAUAUUCGCUCCCCGGGCUGUGAAUCAUUCUGCUUCGAGUUGCUUCAUUCCCACUGAGGCAGAACUCCCAACCGGGUGGCAGCGUCGUGGCAGUCUAGACGACUCAAGUUGCUCGGGAGAAGCCCCUAUAGGAGGUACCGACGUCUGGUCUCGUGUCCCUUCAACACUCCAGGACAGCACCGCCAGGGUCACAGAUUCAACUGUCUUUGUUCGAGUUCGCCCCAUCCUCACCUCCAUUGAUAACCACGUUGCUUACGUAUUGGAACCAUGUCAGGAUGUCGAAGGAUGCGAUCCGGACUGUGACUGUGAUCAAUCUCAGACCUCCUUCUGGGAGGCAAGAGAUUUGGUCUCCAGUCGUCUUUUGCCGUACAUUAAUGGCCGACGUACUGUUGCGCAAGUUGCUUCAUUGGCUUCCGUCGAUCGUAGCAUCGCUCGAAUUUGCAUGACUCAGUUAGAACUACUGGGAGCAAUAAGAGCGGUAUCUGCGCCAAUAUUUCUUCAUCCUACAGUUUUGACUGGAAAUAGUCCCACUGAAAUCUUCUCCAUCCCUGGAUAUGUUGGUUUUCCGCGUUUGCUACGCCUUUUGUUGGAUGAGAGGCUAAGAAAUGCCUGCUUCGAAUCCGUUGUAAGCUUUUUUUUAAUCUACCCUAAGUUUUUAUCUGCUCCUUAUGUGACAACAAAUGCGUUCUAUGGCCGCUUUAGAUGUCAGGGAGGAGACAUUGUUUAA